GGCAGCACAAACGAGUCAACUGUCCGGAAAUAAAAACUGUACUUGCGGAAAAGGGAACAUGGAAGCGGCAGUGUUCAUUUUGUCUCUUGUGGAUUGUUGUGCGCUGAUUUUCCUCUCCGUUUACUUUAUUAUAACCUUGUCUGAUCUAGAAUGUGACUACAUCAAUGCUAGAGCCUGCUGUUCCAAGCUAAACAAAUGGGUAAUUCCAGAGAUGGUUGCCCAGUGUCUUUCCACCAUGCUCAUGCUGGUCUCGAUGCACUGGUUCAUCCUCCUCCUCAACCUCCCUGUAGCAGCCUGGAACAUUUACAGGUACUUGAAGGUUCCAAUGGGAAACAUGGGAGUGUUUGACCCGACUGAGAUCCACAACCGAGGUCUACUCAAGUCUCACAUGAAGGAGGCCAUGAUUAAACUGGGUUACCACCUGCUCUGCUUCUUCAUCUAUUUGUACAGCAUGAUCCUGGCUUUGAUCAAUGACUGAGCCCGGAGCAGGCCAUUGACUUCAGCUGCCAAAUUCCAGACUGCAGGGUUUGCUGUGUCCCCCUCACAUCCUGUGCUCCUGUACUGUAUGCAUUUAAUGUCUCAGAACAACUAUUACAUUUUUUGUAUUGAAUUCCAGAGUUUGACUUUGCCACAUCGAUAUGGUUAAUAUUUAACCUUUCAGAGAUACACCUUCAUAAUCUCCAACAGAAAGCACGUCUGUACUGUGAAAAACAAUCACAUUUAUUUUUGAACCUCUCUGUUUAACACGAAGUCAUUACAACCUCAACAGCUGUUAGACAUUUGCAGUAUGUUUCUUUACCAAUAAAGAUGAGCCCAAUCCCUCCUAGUAAUGAACUACUUUCAGCCUCAUGAUGAGCACUUAUUAUUAUUAUUAUUAUUCUGGUGCUUUACACAAAGUAUUGAAGGUUGCUGUAAGGACCUUGGGUCAACAGCUUCUACCAGAGUGGAGGAAAGGUUGGGAGAAGCUGAGUUAAAUCAAGCUAACAGCGCAGGCUCUGCAAGGAUCCAUCUAGCUGUAGCAGCCUUAGGCUACGUCCACACGUACCCGGGUAUUUUUGAAAACGCACAUUUUUCGAUGCGUUUGCACCUUUCGUCCACACGUAAACGGCGUUUUCGGUCACUGAAAACGGAGAUUUUUGAAAAACUCCUGCCAGGGUGGAUAUUUUCGAAAACUCCGUUUUUGCAUUUACGUGUGGGCGAGAAAAACGGAGAAAACGCAGCGUCAAAGGUGUGCGCCUUUUUUGACGUCACACUGUGCGCCACGUUAUUAUUUUGGUGAAAUGAAUUUCUACAAUACUGUUACUGUUAAUUGUACUCUCUGCAGUGUUUAAAUGCUUACAUAUACACACACAGUUACUGUCCCUCCACGACUCGGUUCUGCUUCUACGCCCCAUCUUUGUUUACUAUUUCCUACCGAGGCUUCUAGACUUCUGAUUGGCCAACAUUUCUACACGGUUAGGAAUAUAUCGCCACCUGUUGCUUUGGCAUGUUCCUAGCAGCGUUUUCCUUCAUUUCUGCGUUUACGUGUGGACGGGAUUAUUUUUUGAAACGAAAACGGAAAAUCUCCGUUUUCAAAAAUACCCGUGUACGUGUGGAAGUUAUGGCAGGGAUCCUUGCAGUGUGCUCGGGCAUUCUGCUCACUUCUUUUCACCUCGCUGGUCGCUCUUUUGCACCAAUGUGAUGCGACCCAUGUAAUAACUAUAACACUUCAGUUCAUACUGUAAAUUGUAUUGUUUGUGCCACACGUAAUGACUUUUUCCCAGCUGGUGAUCCAAUCAGGUUCACAGUUAAUGUGGUCCUUUAUGGUGUGUGCAUGCUGUGCUUCAUGUCAGGGUUUAAUGACCUCAAACAACUAAUAAGAUGUUUCUAUGAUACUGUUGCUGCAGUCGAUCCUCAGCAGCGUCAUAAGCGCACUGAAUUAAGAGGCAGUCGGCAUUCUGAUUCUUUGAUUGGCAAAGUUUUAUUCUCCGGGUAAAUGUUUGAAAGUUCUUGUUGUGUCAACAUAAUCCUAUUUUUAAAAGUAAACAUUGAACUACUUAUGUUCAAAUCAAUCCAAUAAAUAUCCAAAACUCUCAGUCAGAUUCAGAGGUUUGAAACUGGCUCAUUAGUCUGUUUUUGUCAGUAUUUUGUAACUCAGAGUUUCUCUUAUUGUCUACACCAAUAGAGAUCAAUGAAAGUGGCCCACUCCAUGUGACUGACAUUGUGUAUUUUAUUGUGUAGUUUGCAUAUGUGCACUCACCUGCUGGUUGGUUUGUGACCCUGCUGCUCCUUGAUUUCGACACUUUCCAACAAACAGAUUUACUAACAGUUUUCCAACGUUGACCUCAGGUGUCUGAUUGCACUGAGGUGUAGUUGAGGUUGGAUAACUAAUCCAGUUGUGAGACUUAUUCUGCAUACAGGACCAACCAGACAACACACACACACACACACUCACACACUCUCUGUUCCUUACAAAGCCAACAUGGUCGCCUGUUGCAGUCAUGUGCUGCUCCACUCUGAAUGACAAUCUGUCAUCUUCCUCUGUGUCUGCAGUGUUAGUAAGAAACCAAGAACAGGAAACUGAAUAAAUUUUCAUUCCAUUACA